UUUGUGUCUCAGUCUCAGGAGGGCCCUGGGGCCUUGGGGAUGCUGCCCCUCCUCGUGAGGUUGGCGGCUCUAAAAGUCUGAGCCCAGGACCUAUGUCUGCCCCUCUCCCAUGGGGAUAGUGUGUGUGUGUGUUUGUUUCUUUUUCCUGCCACAUGCGGUGGGUCUUACCAGUGCUCUGGGAGCAACAGGGUUUUGCUAACCUUCCCCCAGCAACACAGGGCUUUUGUUCCUCAGGAGAGAAAUUUCUGGAAGGAUGGGGCUUCCCGCGUUUCCAGCAAUGGCAGCCACUCCCCUCCUGUAGGCCUUCACUACCCAGGGAGUCUCCGCGUGGUCUCCAGCUCCGCCCUGUCUGUGUUCAUCCUCUAUAUCUGUAUAAGAAGCAAAUCACCACACAUUUAGUGGUUUAAAGCAGCUCACAGCUCGGAGGCCAGACGUCCCGGUGGGAUGGCCACGCUCCCUGCUUGGGUCUCCAAGGCCAAAAUCAAGGCACUGGACGGGGCGGCCUCUUCUCCAGGGCUCCGGGGGAGAGUCCGCUCCAGGAGUUCGGGGUCAGGGGAAGUGAGUUUCUGGCGGUUUAGGUCGGAGGCCCCCGCGUCCCUGCCCGCUGUCGGCUGAGGGCCUGGCUCAGCAUCUUCUCACACUCACGUCCGUCUUCAAAGCCAGAGACGAUGCACCGGCUCCUUCCUGGGCUUUCGAUCUUCCAGACUCCCCCUCUGACCCCCAUCCAUUUCCAACUCAGAGGUAGAGUGUCCUGCUGAUAUUUUGACCUGAGUCUCACCAUGUCGUCUAUUUAUUUUCAGGUUUUCUUAGUGUCUUUGCAAAGGCUUAGAAUCGGACUGUAGCCAGGGCGGCUCUGUCCUGUCUGCAUAUUCAAGCUUCUUUCUACCCACUUCUACCUGCAGAGUCUCGGAGGCCGGAGCUGAGCCUCCAGCCGACGACGAAAGAAAAUGGGCGUGAGAGAGGUGUUCAGAGCCACCCAGCUUACUAGAGGCCGAGCCAGCACUAGCCCCCAGGGCUCCUGUCCGGAGGAGGCUGGGCGGGGCCCUCAUCGCUAAGCCCCGCCCCUCCCCAUCCUCCACCCCUUCAGACCUUCUCACGGAUUUCCUCUCCUCCAGGGGCAGGACUCUGAUAGGAGGUCAUGGAGAGAGAACCCAGAACUUACCUAGGACCAACCUCGUGUCUAUUCAGGAGAGAUAGGUGUGGGGUCCAGUUGAUGCUUCCAGCCACAGUAAAUUUGCUCCUGAACCUUCGUGUUCCUGUUCCCUGGGAAAAUGAGGAAAGGAGGAGGAGGGCUCAGGAGAAGUCAUCAGAUCUUGUCCCAUAUUUGGUGUCUGCUUUUCCCAGACCAGCAAGGAAGGACCAUGUGCCAGUUAGGGGCAUGCUAAGCUUCCUAUAUAACUUAACAUGGGGAAACCUGACCUCCGAAGGUGGUAAGAUCCAUCUCCUCUACACCUUUGCCAUAAUACUCUGUGCCGAGCACUCAAGAUUAAUCAGGAGUGUGCUGUUCCAGGGGUCGUUAUCAUUCAGAGACGUGGCUGUGGGCUUCACCCGUAAGGAGUGGCAGCAGCUGGACCCUACACAGAGGACCCUGUACCGGGACGUGAUGCUGGAGAACUACAGCCACCUGGUCUCUGUGGGGUGUCAAGUCACCAAACCAGCUGUGAUCUUCAGGUUGGAGCAGGGGCAAGAGCCGUGGAUGAAGGAGGAAGAGAUCCUCAGAUGGAGCUUUCCAGAAGUUUUGCAAGUUGAUACCCAAGUAGAUAGACAAUGGGAACACCAAGACAAACUUUUGAAGCAAAUUGCACUCCUAGACAAGAAAAAAUUGACCCCAGAAGGGCACAACGCAUGUAACACAGUGGAAAAAAACACCUGUCCGAACACAAACGUCGUUUCUUCAGGACAACAGGUCCCUAAGUGCAAGUUGUGUGGAACAGCCUUGCCGGGUAAUGCAGGUGUUACUCCUAACGCAUACCUUGCAAGAAGGAGAUUUGAGUAUGAUGCACAGGGGAACUUAUUUCUCUAUUCUAAGCUGGAAACUCCACAUUCUGGGGCACAUCCACGUGAAUGUAAGCAAUGUAGAAAUGCUUUAAGCCGUGACCAAGCCCUUAAUGCUGAUCAGAGAACCGACAGUAACGAGAAACCCCACAGAUGUACCAAAUGUGGGAAAGGCUUCUCCCAUAAAUCAGAACUUAUCACCCAUCAGAGAGUCCACAGGGAUGAGAAGUCCUCUGGAUGCAACGACCAGGGGGAUAGCCUGAGGGAGGAGAAGGUUUGCCUCAGCAAAAAACGUCCGGGAAAUCACACAGACGAGAAACCUGGUGGAAAUGGCAAAUGCGGUAAAAAGCUCUCCCCAGAAACAAGCCUCUCCAUACCCAAGGCCAUUCUGGCUGGAGAGAAGCCUUAUAAGUGUUCAGACUGUGAGAAAAUCUUCUCCCACAAGUCACGUCUCAUCGAACACCACAGAUCCCACACGGGAGAGAAACCCUACGGCUGCGAAGAAUGUGGGAAAUCUUUCUCCCGGAAGUCAUGCCUCAUUAUCCACUACAGAAUCCACACAGGAGAGAAGCCCUAUGGCUGCAGCCAGUGUGGGAAAGCCUUCUUCCAGAAGUCACACCUCAUCCUUCACCAGAGGACUCACACCGGAGAGAAACCCUACGAGUGCAGCCAGUGCGGGAAGGCUUUCUCCCAAAACUCCUGCCUCAUCAUACACAAGAGAACCCAUAUGGGCAAGAAGCCCUAUGAAUGCUCUGACUGUGGGAAAACAUUCUCCCAGAAGGCGAACCUCAUCAGACACCACAGAAUUCACACCAGGGAGAAACUGUACGGAUAAAGUGGGAGAGAAGGUUUUCAUCAGGAAUUCCCAACACAUCUAGGAAUGAAAACCCUGUGGAUUUUGUGAAUGUGGAAAAUCCUUCAGCAAGCAGUCCAAUGCCACUGUGGGCAGACCUUCCUACCAAGUUGGAGAACUAGGAAAUGCUUAUUCUCUUAAAACUAAGGAUAGAAGGGUAAUGAUGCUCUAGAGGGAUCUAUUUUUAUAGGAUAAACUUAACUAUGAAGUGUAUCUGUGUCUACAUUAACUUGGCUAUUGAGCUCUAAGUGAAUAAUUUAAACCAUUAAGACAACAGAUUGAAUAAGCCACAGAAAUCCCAGGGGUAUGUGGGGACUAUGUUCCUGGAGAUGCUACAUAAACAGAAUUUUAUUUUACUUAUUUUUGAACUGCAUUUGUAGUUGAACAUAAUUGUGAACUUGUAGACACAGAUACCAUAAUAUGUAGGAUGACAUCUAUCAAGAGUUUCCACACUAAAUUACACCCUUUUGUCUUUAAUAUACGUUAUAACUGGGAUUUACUACUCAACUGGAAGUCCAUACACCGUACCACAUACCGUUUGGUUUUUUGUUUGCUGGCAAGUAUUACAGAGCCCCCCUGGAUCUGGAAACCAGCAGUUUCAUGACAUCCCCUGAUCUCUCUCCAUCAACUAGUUUAUAAGUCAUGUUAAAUGAGUAAGGUUGGGACUCCCUUUUCUGGCAGUAUAGUGGACCACCUAAAGUGAAAAACGUUCCACUGUAAACCACUUGAAAUGAUGGACAAUAACAGGUAACAUUCUUUUAAAUGCAUAAUUCAGCUUGCAAGAAAAUCAGUGAGGCUUCCAGGUGCCAGUUCCAGAGGGAACUGAAAAGUGUGCAAGUUGAUGCUGUAAGCUGCCCUGUAGGUUUGUUUACCCAGAAGCGUGGGUGUUAAAAGCUAUAGGCAGAAGGCUUGGCACUGAAAUACCUCAUAAACUGAGAAACUUCAAAAGCCUGUAUGUACAUACAGGGAAAGGAUGGACCAGAGAAAAACCUGCUCAUUUGCUCAGGAAGCUUGCCUGUCUCCCUGGGCUCUGGUAGGGAAAGAAUUUACCCUGAUGAUUCACAAGCCGUGACCUGCACCUCCUAUGAGUUAGAAUUGUUAAUUUGCCCUAUUCAUGCCCCAGUUGAUAAAAUGCACAAUUAACAUAGAAAUCUGUUCUGGUCUUUCUUUGAAACAACUUUACAGAAGCAAACACAAACUAUUCUUGGAGGAAGACACCCUCAACCUGUGUUUCUCAGGGUUCUGACAUACAAACCCAAAAUGAGUUCAUAAUCCAGAAUAAUAAAAUGUGAAGAAAGUCAACAGACAUUUUAACAAAAUAAAAACCUGAAGUCUUUUAAGGUGAUAGAAAAAUCUGAACUUCUAUAAAAAUGACUGUCUUGAAAAAUGAUGAAAAACAAAAAAUCAAAACUGCAUGAAAGCAAAGACACAAAGAAAGAUAACUGGCUAAUUUGGAAAAAGAACCACAUAGGGUGUCUAGAAAUGAAAAAUAUAGUCACUGAAGUUUAAAACUCAACGUUAGAAUAUUCUACAUGUCAAACAGAUUAUACUCAGCUGAAGAAAAUGGGAACAGGAAGGCAGAGCUAUAAGCCAAUUCACAGAAUUCAGUAUAUAGAGAGGUGGAAAAUGUGAAAGAAUGGGGGAAGAGACAUAAAAAUGAGAAGAGCAGGGACUUCCCUGGCGUCCAGUGGUUAAGACUCCAAGCUUCCACUGCAGGGGGCGUGGGUUCGAUCCCUGGUCAGGGAACUAAGAUCCCACACGCUGCAAAGCACGGCCAAAAAUACCAAAAACAAAACAAAUAAAACAAAAAAAGAGAGAAGAGCAAACAGGAGCUCCUGAAAGACAAAAUGAAAAAAACGGAAGAAAAGUAAAUAUUCAAAGAUGUAUUGGCUCAGAUUUAACAAAAGAUGUGCAUUAACAUGCAUAUGUGUGUGCAAUAUAUAUGUGUAUAUAUAUAUGCAUAUAUAGACAUGCAAUAUAUGCCUAGCUGAAUAACUAAAAAUAAGUUCACAUCUAGAUGUACUCGAUGUAUAUCCGUCCAGAGUUUAGCUAAGCUACUCUCUAGUAUUGCUGCCUCGUCGUCCAUCGUGUUUGGUCAGAUGGCUGCAGGGACCUUAAGCUGACACUAGCCCCUUGUGCAAGGACAUGCCCUAUAGCAGCCGCUCGGCCACAAGCAGAUAUAAGUCCCUGGAGUGACUGCCCCGCAACCCUUGUGAUCAGCAGCUCACCUGCCUCCCGGUGCCUGUAAGCUUUACGCGCCCCUUAGCCAGGACCCCCGUGAGCUUACCAAAACCCUGCUCUCUGGGUUUGGAUUGACCGAUCUGGUCCUAACCUAGAAACCCCAGAGCGCUCCCCCCGUGGACCCUAAUAAAGGGAUGUGUGCCACGUCCAGUCCCUGUCUGCACUCUGCCUUGACCUCCCCUGGGGCCCCUCCAGGCGUGCUGUGUGCUUGGUCCAGGCCCUGUGAGUAAUGAACUUGCCUAUUUCGAUUUCUCCGUGGUCUGUUGCUGAACUCACUCAUCGUCCUGCACCCUGUGCUCCACUUAAGUGUUAAUUUCACGAAGUCUUCACAGAUGGGAACAGGAUGGUAGAGUCUUGCAAUUGGCUGGUGGAGAAAUGCCUUUGGCUGGCACACGGGCUGUGGCUGUGUCUCCCACCCGUUGCUGCCCUGCGGAGGGUGAACUCCCCCAGUGGGUGUUAGACCUUGGGUGUAUUUCCCCACUCCAGGCACAGACCCAGCUGCCGACUGUUAGGAGACUUGGCCACGGUUUCCAAAAGGUCCUGUCGGGGCAGGUGAGGGCUGAGAUGCACUCUGCCACGAGCACGCGGCCACCACCGACUCACCAAAGCGCUGGUUCUAGGCUCCGAGGCCCCAGCUCCGGUGAUCCUGCUGCCUCUGAGCUGGUGGGGGGUGAGCCCGAUCCUAGUGAGGCUGAUUGGAACACCCUGAGGGGAAGCAGCUGCCUGUGAGUCCAGCUGCCCGGGAUUCCACUGCAGACCUUUAUGGUAACAUCCCCAAGGCCAAGUCAGUUGUCAGGGUGGCGGGUAAUAGAGAAUCAGAAGCUGAAACCUGAAACUGUAUCGCAUCUUCGAAAGUUGCUGAGUGAGUGAAUCUUGAAAGUUCUCAUCACAAGAAAAUAAAAUUUGGCAAUUACAUGAAGUGAUGUUCGCUAGUCAUCACGGUGAUCACUUUGCAAUGUACACAAAUCGCGAAUCAUCACGUUGUACACCUGA